ACAUCAGCUGUCAUGAUGUAUUGUUAAAAGUUCCUUUAUAGAACCAAAAUCUUCAGAUUCUCAUCCACACAAGGUUCGUCUAUUGCAAAGAACCAAGUAUUAAGUUGAAGAAGUGCCAUCAGUUACAAAGAACUUUUCUUGUCAAACUGAUUAGAAACCUCAAUAAAUCGUACCAUGGAACCAUCAAGACGCCGUCCUGUCCGAAAAAGCACCAAGAAUUUGCAACUCAGCUAUUUUGAUUCUGUUGUGGAGAACGAGUCCACUUUUUAUUUUGGGUUUGAUUCUACCCGUCCUAAAAAUCUAAACACUUUCAUGGACUGGGAUGACACUGACGAAGACAAUGAUUACCCUCCCCCUUUGGAUGAUGAUGAGGAGGAGGAGGAGGAAUUUCCCGAGACUCCAGGAACUCCUCACUAUGUUUACUCUCCCCUUUCUGAAAAUGAGGAUGAAGAAUUUCCUGAGACGCCAGAAACCCCUGAACCAAAAAGACAGCAGGAUUGGGGAAACCUCAAGCCUAAAACCUGCCCACAAAACCAAACCUUAGGGUUAAAACCCUUAAGUUUUGCUCCACCCGUCUCCUUUCGCCCAGCUGCAUUUUUUCCUGUGAAGCCGGUGUCUGUCCCUAAAUCAGCUCAGCCUGAGGAAAUCAAACCCUUGGGAAAGGGAAAACAAAAUUCAACUGCUUUGGAUGAGCCGACUUCAACCUCUGAGUCGACCUCAGUGGAGAACGCAGAAGCACUUCAAGUAGAGAACACUGCUCUGAAAAGUGAAGUAGAGCGUCUGAAGGAGCUUCUCCAGCAGAAAGAUCAGAAGCUGGCGGAUGCUGCUCUCAAAGCUGAUCACUUUGAAGAACAGAUGAGCCACAAGACAGAACUUUUAGCAAAAGAGCGUCUUCUAAAUGACCAUCAGCUGGCAUUAACAGAAGCCAAAAACCAUCUGGCUAAAGAAAGAGAAGAAAACACCUCCCUCAAGCAACAAAUGGCUGAACUAAGAAAAGUUCAUGAGCAGGAUAAGGCCGCAACUGAAAAGAACUUUCUGGAGGCGCUCUCCAAUAAUGCGAAGAGCAUGGAACAGUUAAGAGAAACCAUCACAGAAAAAGAGACCAUCAUGAGCAAAUUUGAAAAGGUCUCCAGGACAAGGAUCGUAAAACUACUAGGUCAGAUCGACGACCUAAAAAUGGAGCAACGGAAGAAAGAUUAUAUGCUGCGGGAAGCCGCUCGGAAAGCCGAUGAGUUGGUAGAAGAGAUGAGCCAAGAAAGACAGCAAUGGCAGGAAGAAAAGUCCUCCGUCUUCAAAGAAAUGGCUCAGCUAAAGUCAGCUCAGGAGGACAAGGAGACCCAGGUCACUGAGUCUAAAAGAGUCUCCAAGAAAAAGAUGGUCCAACUACUCCGUCAGAUGCACGACCUAAAAGUGCAGCAUGAGCAGGAACAUUUGGACCUCACCAGCAAAUGGGAAAUGGAGAAAGAGUGUCUUCUAAAUUACCAUGAGCUGACAUUAACAGAAGCACUAACUCAGCUGGCUAAAGAAAGAGAAGAAAACACCUCCAUCAAGCAAGAAAUGGCUGAACUAAGAAAAGCUCAUGAGGAGGAUAAGGCCGCAACUGAAAAGAACUUUUUGGAAUUGCGCUCCAAUAAUGAGAAGGGCAUGGAACAGUUAAGAGAAACCAUCAGAGAAAAAGAUGUGAUCUUAAGCAAUUCUGUAAGGGUCUCCAAGAAAAAGAUCGUCCAGCUCCAAAAUCAGAUUGAGGGUCUAGAAAGGAAGCAACAGCAGGAACGUUUGGAGCUUACCACAAAUUUGGAAAAGGAGAAAGGGGAUCUUCAAUAUCACUAUGCUAUGAUGUUGGAGACAGAACAAGAUCAGAUGGAUGAAGACAGAGAAGCAUGGAAUAGGGAAAAGGACUCCAUGCUGGAAAAAAUAGCUGAAUUAGAAAGAAAAUGUGAGGAGCAGAAGGCAGCCUGUUACCAAAGUGAAAAGAACAUUUCAGAAUUGCUCUCCAAUAACAAGAAGGCCAUGGGAAAAUUAAAAGAAACCAUCAAAGAAAAAGAUGCGGUCAUAAGCAAUUCUAAGGUCAUCUUGAGGGAGAAGCUGGAGCAAAAAGACAAACAGCUUGAGACGGUAAAAAAGGCCUCUGACAAGAAGAAUUUGGACCUCAGCAUGAAAUUACACCAAGUGGAAGAAGAGCUUAAACAAGAGAGGGUCAAAACAAAUCAAGCCAGACACAGCUUUGACCUGGAGGUAGAGGAGUCCACCAAAUUAAGAGCUGCUUUGGUCCAGAAAGAACUGGAAGGCCAGCAGCAGCUGGAAGAAGAAAGACAACAGCUGGAAGAAGAAAAGUCCACUCUUUCACAACAAAUCGCUCACCUAAAGAAAGUUGUCAAGAAGAAAAAGACCAUCAUCAGAAAAACUCAAGAGGAUUUCCAGCUCCAAGUUCAUCAACUACAGCAGCAGGUGGAUGAGCUGAAAGAGAAGACGACAAAGAAAAAUGUUGGUCGGAGGUUCCUGAACCUGUUUAGAAGAUCUAGAAAAAAAAGACUAAGUGGACCCCCCACCACAGCUCUGGAGAGAGAGCCCUCUACCCCCACCCCACCACAACCCUGAGACGACCGCGGUGCAGUGGUAGGGCGGUCGACCCCUGAUCGAAUUGUUGCAGGUUCAAUUCCUGCCUUGCACGCCCUUGUGUCCUUGGGCAGGACACUGAACCCCACCAUCCCUCUGGUGGAAGGUCGGCGCCAGUGUGUAAAUAUGUGUGUGAAGGCUUUGGGCCUUCAAAGAAGGUGGAAAAGCACUUUAUAAGUAAACGCCAUUUACCUCACACAGGCCAAGCCCCCCCCCCCCCCCCCCAACA